CCGCAAUAAGCAAACAUGGCGGCGGCCGUCGACAGUGUUGUGAAAGUGCUGGGAGAGCAGUAUUACAGAGACGCCAUGGAGCAGUGUCAUAGUUACAACGCUCGCUUGUGUGCUGAGCGCAGCAUCCUCAUGCCUUUCCUGGACUCUCAGACUGGUGUCGCCCAGUCCAACUGUUACAUCUGGAUGGAGAAGAGACACCGGAGUGCAGGUGUCGCUCCGGGGCAGCUGUACACUUACCCAGCCCGUCGUUGGAGAAAGAAACGCCGCUCUCAUCCACCGGAGGACCCCCGCUUGGCCUUCCCGCCUCUCAAAGCAGGUAUCACUAUUGGUGGAACAUCCUGUCUCCCAUCACAAAAACAGUCACAUGUGGAGGUGAAUCUGAAGCGUGAUGCGUUGGGGGCAGUGGAUGGCAGCAGUCUGGAGGCCCUACUGAAGGGGGAGCCCCUUGACAGGAGGAGCGGGGUGUCGGACAUUCGAGGCCCCGAGGAUGACUCGGCAGCUGUGGAGCCUCCGGCCACCUCGGCGACCACUCACACGUCCUCUGGGCGUGUCCGCAAGAGAGUCUUGGACCACGACGACUACUUGGACGACCUGGAUGAUGAAGACUUUGAGGAUGAGACCCCGAAGAGACGAGGCAAGAGCAAGUCCAAGGGGCGCAGCGACAAGAACGGCAAGAAGAAACAAGAGGCUGCGGCUGCAGCACUGGAGGAGAGGGAAAAACCGUACGCCUGCGACAUCUGUGGGAAGCGCUACAAGAACCGCCCUGGACUGAGCUACCACUAUACACACUCUCACCUGGCCGAGGAAGAGGGCGAGGACCGCGAGGAGAUCGAGGCACCACCCACUCCUCGCCAGCCUGAGGAGCAGAAGACUACUAAGAAGGGUCCCAAUGGGCUGGCACUGCCCAACGAUUACUGUGACUUCUGUCUGGGAGACUCCACUUUAAACCAGAAGACUGGCCAAUCAGAGGGGCUGGUGUCCUGCUCCGACUGUGGACGCUCAGGCCACCCGACAUGCUUGCAGUUCACGCCGGUGAUGAUGGCGGCAGUGAAGACCUACCGCUGGCAGUGCAUAGAGUGCAAGUGCUGCAAUGUUUGCGGCACCUCAGAGAACGAUGACCAACUGCUGUUCUGUGAUGACUGUGACCGAGGCUACCACAUGUACUGUCUAAGUCCCCCCAUGACUGAACCACCGGAGGGGAGCUGGAGCUGCCACCUGUGCCUGGUUCUGUUGAAGGACAAAGCCUCCAUAUACCAGCAGAACCAGAGCUCCACCCCCGAGUGACAUCAUAUCAACAAGUCCCGCCCCCGAUGGCAACAUCUGACCUCCUCUCAGUCCAGAGCACCAGGCUCUGUCCAGAUGUAGCUGAGCCAGAUCGCAGAUCAGCGUUAGAAGUCUUAAUAUCUACAGAGUCAGGGGGGGGAUCAGUCAACAUGGGAAUCAAACUAUCACUACCAACCUGCCUGCAAAACCCCCGCGGCUUGCCAUCAAACACAUACAUAUUGUGAGUAUAUACAGUAUAGACACACACUGUCUUCUGGACUGUUACACACACACACACAC